AUGUCGCUACCUCUCCCGACCGCAGCGACAGGAGGAGCGUCUUCUGCAGAAGACGCUUCUGCGACCUCUUCCGGAUCUGCUUUGGACAUUUCAGAGUUGAAGCGGGCGGCUCAGAGACGCCUGGAGGCCCUGCAGGCUGCGGCUUCUCAGCCGAAAGUAUCUCCUUUCCUUCCCUCGUCGCUCCUCUCGGCGUCACCCUCGAAUGCUUUCCAGGUGCGAACUGCCCACGGCGUAAGGACGCCGGCGCCUCCUGUGGGCCAGGCCGGCAUGCAGAGCGAUUCCUCAAUCUUCUCGCCUUUUCCUCAGCCGCCGGCUUCUCCGUACGCUGCGACGCCUUCCUGUUUGCCUUCUCCUUCGAAGGACGAACCUUGCACUCGGAAAUCCGGAAACACAGUGGGGACGCAAAUCCCCUACUCGACGAGAUCCUGCUUCUUGUCUUCGCCGCCGGUCUCUCAGGCCUCGACCUACUUGACGUCUGCCUACGUCUCCCCCCAAGCGGCAAACGAAAUGCGAGCAGCUGCAGCUCGCACGGCCGCCUACGAGGCGAUGCGUGUAGCGAGUCUGAUGCUGCCAAAGCCGAAAGUAGAGAAAGAAGUUUUGAACGAAGACGACUCUUCUUUUCCAGAGGUGCAGCAACUGCCGAACGGACUCUUUUCGAUGGACCUGGCGAUCUCCACAAACCUGCCGGCCGCCUCUUCGACCGAGAGUGCCUCAGACCCUGCGACGGCGGCGGCCACAGCUGUGCGGCCUGAGUCUUGGCAGCGUUUGCUGAAGAAAGAAACUCAGCAGAAAAUUCGAGAGCGGACCGGCGCCGCCGUCCUCGCGCGCGGCAAGCCUGGAGGCGAAGGAAAGAAAGGCCUCCACUUGCGCAUCACUGCCGACAAAAAAGCCACAGUGCUCCGGGGAGCCAUCUGCGCAAGGGAUUUGCUGUGCGCGAAACAGCAGCUGAUGUUUCCGCCUCACGUCGCGGUGCCUGCCAACUUCGACGCUGUUGCAGCCAUGCAAGGUCCUGAUGCUGAGUUUCUUCGACAGGUUUUCGACAUCAGUCACGCGUUCGUGGAUGUGCAGGGACGCCUCUCUCAGGGCGCCUCUCCUGCACAAGCAUCCAAUGGCGGCUCGUCUGCGGACGAACCGUUGAAUUUCGCGAUCUUCGCAUGCACGGAAGACUCCCUGGACAAGGCGGUUGCUCUGAUCAAGUGGAGAUUGGCAUGCGUUGAAGAGGCGCUGAAACAACAUGCAGACCCAGACAGCUUUCUUCGCCAGAAACAGGCGCAAGCGGGAGAGCAGCAAAAUGACACCUCCCAAACGCUUCAACCAAGGAUUGCAGCCCCCGGAAGUGUGACGGCAACCGAGAACUGCAUGCAGGCGCCACUCCCUGAUCCGCGACGGUUGCCCGGAAGCGUAACUUCCGCCGUAGGCAACGUGCAGCAGAUGAUCGCCAACAGCUUCUGGCAGACUGGCCUGCCGGACGAGCAGGAGAUGGCACGGCGGCGCCGCGAGGCUGAAGAAAGACGGCGAAGAAGACGAGACAAGAAGGGCCGGAGGUCCCGGUCUAGGUCUCGAUCCCCCGGACACCCUGCAGUCGUCGCGCCAAAUCGCAGACCCAACAAACUAAGCUUCGCACCGCCGCCUGACGAAAUGCUCUCAGGGCCUUAUGUGCCGACAGACUGA